ACACGACUUAGUAAGAUCUUUGUGCCAUUGCAUAGGCUCUACUAAAUUUUUAACCUCUCUCUUGAGCCGUUGAUAACUAGUAGAAUGCCUCCUGAAGCCGCACCUAUGGAGAACGGGUCUGCCAAGGCUGGUGCCUUCACUAAACCGCUCAAUGAAUUGUUUAGUUCUUUGCCGACCACGAUAUUUGAGGUCAUGAGCAAGCUUGCCAUGGAGCACGGCUCGGUCAACCUGGGCCAGGGCUUCCCCGACGCAGAGGGCCCCGAAACCAUGAAAGAAAUAGCCUCCAAGGCAAUGUACGACUUCCACAAUCAAUACCCCUCUCUGUUGGGGGUUCCUGAGCUUCGACAAGCCGUAGCCCGGCACAGCGAAACCAACCAGGGCAUUCCAGUGGACUGGGCUACGGAGACGCUGGUGACCGUGGGGGCUACGGAAGGUCUGGCGGCCUGCUUUCUGGGGCUGCUGAACCCUGGCGACGAGGUGAUCAUGUUUGAUCCCAUGUACGACAGCUACGUGUCCAUGGCCCGCCGCAGCGGCGCCACCAUUGUGCCCGUGCGCCUACAGCUGCCUGACUUUUCCGUACCAUUGGACGAGCUGGCGGCUGUGGUGGGUCCGCGUACCAAGAUGAUCAUGCUCAACAGCCCACAUAACCCCAGCGGCAAGGUGUUUACUCGGUCCGAGCUGGAGGCCAUAGCGGAGCUGUGCAUCCGGCAUGACGUCAUUGCGCUGUGUGACGAGGUGUACGAGCACCUGGUGUUUGGCGGCGCGAAACACAUCUCCUUGCGUGCGCUGCCGGGCAUGGCGGAGCGCUGUGUGCGGCUGGGCAGCGCGGGGAAGACCUUCUCCUUCACCGCCUGGAAGGUUGGCUGGAUGACUGGUCCCGCUAGGCUGAUGAGUCCCAUCAUAAAAGCCCACCAGUUUCUUGUGUUCACCGUGCCCUCGAGCUUGCAGCGAGCUGUGGCACACGGGCUCGAAAACGAGUCGGAGUUUUACUUAUCCCUGGGUCCCAGCCUGGGGGUGAAGCGGCGAUACCUGGAGGAGCAGCUGGCGGCAUUGGGGUUUGGAGUGCUGCCCGCACAUGGGGCGUACUUCCUCGUGGCGGACGUAAGCAAGUUCCUGCGGCCCGGAGAGGACGAUGUGGCCUUUGCCAAGCGGCUAACGGUGGAAGGUGGCGUCACCAUCAUCCCCAUCUCGGGCUUCUACGUGGGUUCAAGCAAGCCAACCCACUUGGCCAGAUAUGACCGAACGUGGAGUGGGUACCGGACUGGCUUGUUGCCAGACCGGCAGGCCUCCAACCCCUGGGGGGCCCCUGUAACGCCAGGGAUAUGUGCAAAAUAA